AGGGGACGGACCCUGGGAGCGGGAGAGUUAGCAUGGCCGCUGAAGAGACUGGGAAAGGGAGAAAGUCCGGGACAAAUACGAGAACAGUCAUGCAGCACUGAAAACUGCCCAAAGCUAGAGAGCACCAUUAGUGGUGACGCUGCCUGCCUGGUGGCAUGGAAUGCUCACGUGGAAUUGCCACCUGAGGCCGCUCACCGCGCUUCCUGAAGGAUGCCCAUGUGGAAGAAUUUCGACGUGCCAGUGUCCUCGUUCUACAGGGUGUUCCAUUCCUUUGCAAUCUCAGAAAAAUGGGAUUAAAAUAAACUAUUUUGUAAAAUAAGAAGACUGUUUUCCAUUUUUAAUGGCCAACAUGUAUUAAGAUGGACAUCUACUCCACGCAAUACGAAGCUCUAUGGUGGCGAAGAAGCAAGUGCCUGUUUAAAACUGAUCCUAAAUAAAAACACUGGCGUGGAUAUGAGAAUGUUGAUUAGUGGCAGAAGAGUCAAAAGAUGGCAGUUUAUUAUUCGGUUAUUUGCUCCUUGUUUUAUACUGAGCCUCAUGUUUUUUUGGGAACCGAUCGAUAAUCACAUUGUGAGCCAUAUGAAGUCAUAUUCUUACAGAUACCUCAUAAAUAGCUAUGACUUUGUGAAUGAUACCCUGUCUCUUAAGCACAUAUCAGCUGGGCCUCGCUACCAAUACUUGAUUAACCACAAGGAAAAGUGUCAAGCUCAAGAUGUCCUCCUUUUACUGUUUGUAAAAACUGCUCCUGAAAACUAUGAUCGACGUUCCGCAAUUAGAAAGACGUGGGGCAAUGAGAAUUAUGCUCGGUCUCAGCUGAAAGCCAACAUCAAAACUCUGUUUGCCUUAGGAACUCCUAAUCCACUGGAGGGAAAAGAACCGCAAAGAAAACUGGUUUUGGAAGAUCAAAAGUACAAUGAUCUAAUUCAGCAAGACUUUGUUGAUUCUUUCUACAAUCUUACUCUGAAAUUACUUCUGCAGUUCAGUUGGGCAAACACGUAUUGUCCACAUGCCAAAUUUCUUAUGACUGCUGAUGAUGACAUAUUUAUUCACAUGCCAAAUCUGAUUGAAUACCUUCAAAGUUUAGAACAGAUUGGUGUUCAGGACUUUUGGAUUGGUCGUGUUCAUCGUGGUGCUCCUCCCAUUAGGGAUAAAAGCAGCAAAUAUUACGUGUCCUAUGAAAUGUACCAGUGGCCAGCUUACCCUGACUAUACAGCUGGAGCUGCCUAUGUCAUCUCUGGUGAUGUAGCUGCUAAAGUCUAUGAGGCGUCACAGACACUUAAUUCUAGUCUUUACAUAGAUGAUGUGUUCAUGGGCCUGUGUGCCAAUAAAAUGGGAAUAGUACCACAGUACCAUGUAUUUUUUUCCGGAGAGGGUAAAACUCCUUAUCAUCCCUGCAUCUAUGAUAAAAUGAUGACAUCUCACGGACAUUUACAAGAUCUCCAGGACCUUUGGAAGAAUGCUACAGACCCAAAAGUCAAAACCAUUUCAAAAGGUUUUUUGGGUCAAAUAUACUGCAGGUUAAUUAAGAUAGUUCUCCUUUGUAAAAUUAGCUAUAUGGACACAUAUCCUUGCAGGGCCGCAUUUGUCUAAUAACAGUACUUGAAUGUUGUAUGUUUUCACUGUCACUGAAGUCAAACCUGGUUGAAAAGAUCCUUUAAAUGUUUGUCUGUACCCUAACUAAAAUGAACAUGAAAGACAAAGAAAUAUUUUGAUAGCCUAGGCCAUCAGAAUGUUUCUUUGAUUCUAGAAGCUGUUUAAUAUAACUUACCUACUUUAUUGCCUAAAUUCGUUUCAAAGAAUUUGUAUUUAGAAAAGGUUUAUAUUCUUAAUGAAAACGAAACGAAAGGGAAGCUCACGUUCUCAUUUAAUGUCACAAAUAUACUUGAGGUGUAGAGAUGUUCGUAAGAAGUCUUGGUGUUAGAGUCAUUGCGUUUGGAAAAUACCAAACGAAUGUAUAGUACAGCAUUUCAAGUAAAUGAAUAUAUCAUUAGACCAGGUAAACCAGUUUAUUUUUGUUAAAGAGCACUUGGUGGAGGUGAUAGGGACAGGGAAAGGUUAGCAUAGGAGAGAAAGUACAUAAAUCUGGUAAAAGAAAGCCUCUUGUUCUUAAAAGGAGAUAUAGGAAAAUGUGUACAAUUUUAUUAUACACAGACAAAUCCCUUAUUAUCACAUCCAUAUAGCUAUUUUACCUAGAUGGUGUUAGAGUCUUUAAAAUAUAUUUGUAUCUUUUUUCAAAGUUUAAUGCAAAUUUUGAGAAAAGUUAUUAACACUGCCCUAGCUAAUACUUUAUAUAUGUUUUUAAUGGAUUUUUAAAAAUAUUAGAAAAUGACUCAUAAAAUGGGCAGCUGGUUGCUCACAGGGGCCUCAUUUUAAUGAAUUUUUCAGCUGUUUUUUAAGUAUUCAGUAUUGGCCUGUGUCUAAGGUUGUUAUUUGAAUGUAGUUUCCAUAGAGGAAUAUAAUAAUGGACAGACUUCAAAUGGAAAGACAGAACGUUAAAAGCCUAAUUUCUCCAUAAUUUUAUAAGAUGAAAUCUGAGUGUCUAAACCAUUGUACUGAUUACUAAAAUUAACCCACCCCUCCCCAGAAGGUCUUAUAAACACAGCACUUUGUUCCGAGUUUAGAGUUUUAAAUUGAGAGCAUUAAACAUCAAAGUUACAAUAUCUAAAACAAUUUAUUUUCAUCAAAUAACUGUCAGAGGUGAUCUUUAUUUUCUAAAUAUUUCAAACUUGAAAACAGUAAAAACGUGAUUUUUUACUCUGAAAAGAAAAGUUGCCAGUUUGAGGUUUAAAACAUUUUUAAAGCUGCAUGUUCCUUGUAAUCAAAGAGUUGUGUCUGAGAUCUAAUAAAGUAAGUUAUGUUUAUUUUAUAAAGCAGGAUAAAAAUGUGGCUAUAAUACACACUACCUCCCCUCACUACAGAAAGAACAAGUUGGUGUCUACUGCUUGGGAGAUUGUAUGAAGGCCAAAAUAAUGACAUCAGCAAAAGUGGCUGAACUGACUCUAAGACCUUUGCCUGCAGGAGGGACCUGUUAGGGAAAAUAAGAUGUCUCAUAUAAUAAGGUGAUGUCUGAAACAUGCAAAACAAAACUAAAAAAGUCUCAGUAUACACAACUGGAUGAUGAUAUUUACAAUUUUUAGCAGGUAGCAUUUUAAUGUUUACAGAAACUUUAAUUUUUUUUCUAUUUUGAAAUUUGAGGCUUGUUUACAUUGCUUAAUUUAGCAUUUUUAACUAAUGUCCAAACUACAGUGUCAAACAUUCUAGGUUGUAGUUACUUUCAGAGUAGAUACAGGGUUUUAGAUCUUUACAGUUGAAGUUUUCUGACCAAUUUAAAAAAAAAAAAACCGUAGAGAACAAAAGCAUAUUUGACCAAGCAACAGGCUUAUAAUUAAUUUGUAUUCGUUGAUUCUCUAAUAAUGUUUUGCCUUUUGGCCAUAUACAGCCUGUGUAUCUAUACUUGGAAGUGUUCACAGUUGCCAUUGGUUGAAAACAUCCGUGUCUCUGGCCAUCAAAAUGAUCUUGUUUACAGGAAUGCUUUUGUGAAACAAUUAUUUAUUUGCUGAAAGAGCUCUUCUGAACCGCAUCCUUUUUAAUUUUGCUUAGACUAGAAUGGAGCAGGUUUAAAUUUCAAGGAAAUAUGAAGGCACUUCCUUUCUUUGUCUAAGAAGCAAGUUGCUAGAUGAUUCCUUCAUCACACUUAAAGUACUGGAAAGAGUAUUUGUAAAUAAAAGGGUUCCAACCUUUUAAAAAAGGAAAAAACUUUUUGGUGCUCCAGUGCAGGACUAUCUCAACAAAGGGAAAAUCAACGAUCAGCUUGGAUGGUCACUUGAAUAGAAGAUGGUUAUACACAGUGUUAUUGUUAAAUCUUUUUUACCUUUUGGUUGGUUUGCAUCUUUUUUCCAUAUUGUUAAUUUUGUACCACAAUGUUAAAUAUUUGUAUUAUUUGAAUUUUGCUCUCAUAUGGCAAACUAAUUAGUGGGUUUUUAAAAAAUCUGUGAUUUCCAAUAAACAACUGAAAAAUUAUCA